AGGAGCCGCUCCCCACGUGUCUGCUUUGCAAUCAGUAUGGCUGCUGCCUGAGGUCUGGCCGGGUAACAACUCAGACGCCGGGACGAAUGCUGGGAGUCGUGUGCGGCAGGCUCUACUGUUGUGUCCUGAGGUGAGCGGAGUACAGGGCGUUGGUGUGUAUCUGACGGUAGUAUGGAAAAUGAAGAUGAUGACCCAAUUAUACAGGAGCUUGAUGUUUAUCUGGCCAAAAGCCUGGCAGAGAAGCUGUACUUAUUCCAGUAUCCAAUACGACCAUCAAUGAUGAGCUAUGAUGGUGUCCCACAUCUCUCAGCGAGGAUCAAACCAAAGCAGCAAAAGGUGGAGCUUGACAUGGCCAUUAAUACAAUGAGUCCCAAUUACUGUCGUAGUAAAGGCGAACAGAUCGCAUUGAAUGUUGAUGGCACCUGCAAUGAUGAGACCAGCACUUACUCCACAAAACUUAUGGACAAGCAGACAUUCUCUUCCAUACAAGCUGCAAGCAACACCUCUCGCUAUGCGGUUGCAUUUUAUCGAAAAGGUGAAAUUCAUGUAACGCCUCUGCAUGGGCUUUUGCAGCUGCGGCCCAGUUUCACUUACUUAGACAAAGCAGAUUCCAAAUAUCGAGAGCGAGAAGCUGCAAAUGAUGCUGGUGAUUCCUCUCAGGACGAAGGUGAGGAUGACGUCAAGCAAGUAACUGUACGUUUUUCCCGCCCAGAAAGUGAGCAGGCCAAGCAGAGGAGGGCGCAGUCCUAUGAGUUUUUGCAAAAGAAACAAGCUGAGGAGUCCUGGGUGCAUCUUCACUACUCUGGGAUAAAGGACAGUCGAUCAGAACAUGAAAGACAAUAUUUGCUUUGCCAAAAUCAGACAAUGACUGAAAACCAGGAAUUAAUGAAAUCCAGCAGUGAAUACCUACAGAUGCUGAUGCCUCCUAAUGUUGAGGAAGAAACUGAAAAGCCGGUAGCUCCAAGCAACGUGCUGUCAAUGGCUCAGCUGAGGACUCUGCCGCUGGCUGAUCAGAUCAAGAUCUUGAUAAAAAAUGUUAAGGUAAUACCAUUUGCAAAUCUCAUGGGCUUAAUGGCAGCAGGAACAGAAUCUAUUGCAGUUCUACGGUGUAUACAGCAGGUGGCGAUGUUGGUUCAAGGAAAUUGGGUGGUUAAGAGUGAUGUGCUGUAUCCAAAAGAGUCAUCCAGUCCACACAGUGGGGUGUCUGCUGAGGUUUUGUGUCGAGGAAGAGAUUUUGUUAUGUGGAAGUUCACACAAGAUCGCUGGGUGGUGAGGAAAGAGGUGGCGACGGUGACAAAGCUCUGCCAAGAAGACGUGAAGGACUUCCUAGACCAGAUGGCCAUACCUAGAAUUAACAAAGGCUGGGAGUUCAUGCUGCCUUUCGAUGAAGAUUUUAUGAAGAAGCAUCCAGAUGUGGUCCAGAGACAGUCUAUGCUAUGGAAGGGUAUACAGUCCAAGUUAGAGAAGGUGUUUAGCUUGUCAAAGGAAGAUCUGACAUCUAAAAAGACAGAUAUGUCUUCAGCUUCAUCCGUCGUGAUGACCGGGGACCAAGUGUUGAACAUAGCCAGAUCCAAAGCCAAGGAGAACCAGGCACGGUUGGAAAGGGACAUGCAAAAGAAGAAAGAACAGACCAGGCUGGCCUCCAGCGUGACUGUUGUGGCGGACGUCCACAUCAAAGAGGAGCCUAUGAGCAACGAUGAAAGCAUGGACACCUCUACUUACGAAAGCUUCAAUAAUGGGGUGGUCAACGGUGUACACCAGGGAGAGAACUCUGAAGAGUCCAUGAACGGGGAUGAAGAUCCUGUUGCAAAAAAACUAUUGGAGUUUGUGGAGUUGACAUUUAGGAGACAGUAUGUGUUGACCAUGAACGAACUUAAACGAUUAUUUAAUCUUCAUUUAGCCAGUCUUCCUCCAGGACAUAUCCUAUUCAGUGGCAUCUCUGACAAAAUGCUGCAGGAAACGGUUUUAAGCUCUGGCUGUAAGCAGAUCAUGGUUCCUUUUCCUCCUCAGAGCACUGCUACACCCGAGGAACAAAAAGUGUUUGCACUCUGGACCUGUGGGGACGCUUAUGACAAGGAAAGACAAACGCUGCUGGAAAUGUUCUCCAAGGGCCACAGGUUGCGCAGGAACAUGAUCCAAGCGCGCAUGAGCCAGGAGUUUGGAGAAGACCUCAGUAAGCAGCAGCUGGACAAGGUGCUGAAGGACUGUUGCGUGUGCUAUGGCGGUAUGUGGUAUCUUAAAGGAACAGUACAAUCCUGAUGAUUGCAGAAAGCUGGCACUAGAUGAAAGAACACAGUGACUUAAGCACAGAUCAUGUCUGUUCCGGAUGAUGCCCUUCUGGGCCCUUGCACCAUCACACAACCGUUACCAAAGGCACGGGACGCAGUCGACUAUGUGGUCUGUGGAGGGGGGACUGUUUCUAGGAAGAAAGCUGCUCUUUUGAGUUCUUUACGUUUUGCUUUUAAUUAUUUUGUUCUCUAACCUCACAUGAAUCUGCACAACACCCAGUUAAGGAAAAGAUGGGCGAAAUUUGGGUUUACACACGUGCCAACAUUUGAAUACAAAAAUUUGAUUGCAAUAAGAGACCGAAUCAAGGAUGAACUGUGACGGAUGCCCUGCUGUCACCAGCCGUUGUAGGGCUCAUAUGCUGGCGGUGGAAGUGGCAAAACCAAUAUAGAAAUGGAACAAGUGACAUCACUGGGGAAUGAGGUACCGUGUGAUGUCACUGGCUCCUUGUAAUAUGUGUAUUGGUAAGCACACAAUAAUAAAAUUAAGGUGACUAGGCCGGACGAUCUCCGCUGGUUUUAUUUUCUUGAAGUUUUCCCCCCACACUAAGUCCUAUUUCCACUUGAAUGUUAUAUUGAUUGCUAAUUUUUAAGUUUAACGUACUAGAUUAAUUUAAUUAUCCCAUGUAGGGUGUGUGGACUGCCAGGAGCAGGGCGGCAGUUGUUGGAUGCUAUGCGGUGUAUGGAGCCUCCUUUAAUGCGCUUAUUUUUCUUCGGUUCUUUUUAUAAUUGCAGUUUAAGGCUAGUUUCAGACAAGCAGGAGUACAAAGCAUUAUACCGACUUAUAGCGCUGUGUGUCUCUGCAUGACCUGUAUCUACUGAAUAAGGCCUCAUUCACACGACCGUUGUUUGAUGCGGACACUUUCACUUCAAUGGGGCUGAAAAAGAUGCGAACAGCACUCUGUGCUGUCUGCCUCAGUGGCCCCGCAAAAUAAUAGAACAUGUCCUAUUCUUGUCCGUUUUGCAGACAAGAAUAGGCAUUUCUAUUAUGAGCGGCCCUUUCCGCAAAUUGCAGAACGCACACGUGCGGCAUCUGUGUUUUGCGGUUGUGUGCACGUAGUCUUAUACUGACAUUGUUAGUGUAAUUCUGUAGGAGUAAGGUCUUGCAGAGACUCACAGCAUUAUAGAUCAGUAUAAUGCACUGCGCUUCUGAGAAACGAGCAGUGUCCAUAACGGGGGAAUCGCGUCCAGACACGGAGCGUGAUUCCCACACAGGACACGCUCGUCUGAAAGAGCCCUAAUGGUAUCAAAAUGGAGGCAUAUAAAAAAAAAAAAUCAU